AGUAAAAUAGGGUGCAUGUCCCUUUAAGACGCAGACCAGGCAGCGCUGUUGUUUUUUUUUUUUUUUAUCCCUUUUCGUUGCACCUUCAGCCCCAUCACCGGAGGAAGAUAAACCCGGGGAACUUCUAACAGGAUCUACAGCAAAGAUGACAGCCUCCGAGCAAUUGCGGUCAUCUUUAUAGACGGGUAAUGGAUCCAGAGUGACAGCCUCAACACCGACCCAUCUAACACUGUAGCUAUGGCAACCUGUCAGAGAGGCUGUGCGCCGGCCGUGCGCCUUUGUCAGAGACUGAACCGUCUCAAGACACUAAACGGUGACAUGAUGGCGACGUCCCUGAAGCGCUGCCUCUCCACCUUGGACCUGACUCUGUUGGGUGUUGGCGGCAUGGUGGGCUCUGGGCUGUACGUCCUGACAGGAACCGUGGCCAAAGACACAGCUGGGCCAGCUGUCAUUGUAUCUUUCAUUUUUGCAGGCAUCGCUUCUUUACUGGCUGCCUUUUGUUAUGCAGAAUUUGGCGCACGCAUACCCAAAACCGGAUCUGCCUACAUGUUUACCUAUGUGUCUGUGGGAGAACUCUGGGCUUUCCUCAUUGGCUGGAAUGUGAUUCUGGAGAACAUGAUCGGCGGUGCUGCUGUGGCACGAGCCUGGAGUGGCUAUCUAGACUCUAUUUUUAAUCACGCUAUUCAAAACUUCACAGAAACACACAUCAUGCAGUGGAAUGUGCCCUUCCUGGCCCAUUAUCCUGACCUACUUGCAGCAGGAAUUCUCGUAGUUGCGUCCAUCUUCAUUUCCUUUGGAGUCCAAGUGUCCUCUUAUUUAAACCACAUCUUCUCUACCGUUAGUAUGGGCGUCAUUGCUUUCAUCUUGGUGUUUGGCUUCAUGCUGGCUGACCCUGUCAACUGGAGCCAGGAGCAAGGAGGGUUUGCACCUUAUGGGCUGUCUGGAAUCCUGGCAGGCUCAGCCACGUGCUUCUACGCGUUUGUGGGCUUUGACGUCAUUGCUUCCUCAAGUGAGGAGGCUAAGAAUCCUCAGAAGGCGGUUCCUGUUGCCACCGCUAUCUCCCUUGGACUUGCAGCAACAGCCUACAUCCUGGUCUCUACCGUGCUCACAUUGAUGGUACCUUGGCGUACGCUGGACCCCAACUCAGCUCUGGCAGAUGCGUUUUUCCGUAGAGGUUACAGUUGGGCUGGGAUUGUUGUGGCUGUAGGCUCCAUUUGUGCGAUGAACACCGUCCUUCUCUGUAAUCUCUUCUCCCUUCCUCGGAUUGUGUACGCCAUGGCAGAGGAUGGAUUGUUCUUCUCCAUUUUUGCAAGAGUCAAUCCCCUUACCAAAGUUCCUGUCAAUGCUAUUCUGGUUUUCGGGAUCCUAAUGGCUACCAUGGCUUUGGUCUUUGACCUGGAAGCCUUAGUUCAGUUCUUGUCCAUCGGCACUCUCCUGGCAUACACCUUUGUGGCAGCGAGUGUGAUUGUGCUUCGCUUCCAGCCUGAGAAGACCAACUCCAAGAGCAGCCCUUCCCCAUCCCCCAUCCCCAGCUCUGAGCUCUCACCUCCCACCUUGGAGUCUCAGACGAUAGCUGAGGACAGUGAGGAACCCAAACAGUAUGAGUCCUUCUCUGACAAGCUCCAGCUGGUGGAGAGGCAGAAGACGAGAGAGCGGCGUGGGGUGGGGCAGCUAAAGGCCUGCUGGGAGCCAUACCUGGACCGGCUGCUGGGGAACUGUGAGCCGGGGGAAGUGGUGGCUUUCAGUGUGAUGACAUUGAUAGUGAGCUCGGUGUCUCUCUGUGCUGUGCUGGAAUUUGGAAACAAACAGCUUCAGCUCCCGGUCUGGAGUUUCACAAUGCUCCUUGUGAUCUUCAGCAUUGCUUUCAUUUUCAGCCUGGCACUUAUAUGGAUUCAUGAGCCACAAAAAAAUACCAAAACAUUCCAGGUACCCUUUGUUCCACUCACUCCAGGUGCCAGCAUCCUCUUCAAUGUCUUUCUGAUGAUGAAGCUCAGCUUCCUAACCUGGAUUCGGUUCACAGUUUGGAUCGCCAUUGGUCUUGUUGUAUAUUUUGGCUACGGGAUCUGGCAUAGUAAGGAGGGAUUACGGGAGCUGCAGCCCAAAGACAUGGCCGCCCACUACGUGGUUCUGCCCAGCGGCAGCCUGGUGGAAACGGUGCAGAAUGUUCAGCCCGACGGUCAGGUGGUCACCUCAGCAGCACACUACAUGGGCUCCCCCACUGCCCCAACAGCUGAGGAGUUCACUGAAAAGAGAUAAUGUGUGACGGCUGUGAGUCAUCAUUACAACUGCCUGAUUUAAUCUGCUGUCUCCCCCCCCACACACACACACUGUACUAUUACUCGUGUCCUUUCUGUAUCUCACUCCCUUUAAAUCUGUACUUGUUGCUCUGCAGAAGUAUCUACACCGUACGAUGGGUAGCACACUGUCUAAUUGUUAAGCACACUUGUAUAUCUUGUAAUAAUAAAUGUACAGCAGAGGUCUUUAUUACUGCCCUGGAAGCUCUUUGCGUCAAAGUUGUGUUCUAUCCUUCACAGCCAGCGCUUUUCUUGCUACCUGCCACUUUGUCCAAAUUUGGUGCUUUUAUUGUUGCAGUGGAGGAUUAUCUUCCCCUACAUAUCUCAGUUUUCUAGUUCUAGAACUGGAACAUUAAAAAAUAUUUUUUUAAGUACAAGAUAACCUAUGUCUUUAAAGAUUUAGAGCCUUGGGAAAUAGAUUUCUACAUGCUUUUUGUUUACCACAAUGCCCCUUGACCCAGUUUCUACUAAGAAUACUUACUACUUCAUACUUUAUUUUGUAGGUUUAGGGGGGGGUUCCUGUUUUUUUUUAUUAUUAUUAUUAUUACUUGGUAAAAGAAUGAACAUAUCUGGGUUUAUAUUGCCUUUUCUCAGAUUCUUUUCAUUGCCACAACGGAAACUCCUGUCCGAAAUCAUCAUCUAGCUCAUCUUCUUAGGGCUUCUGUUUCUGAAAGAGGUUUCAUGCUGUGAUUUAAAAUCAUUUAUUUUAUUUUUCAAAUAUUACUGUUUGUGUUUUCUUUCCAUGCAUUUUAUUAUCUUUGCUCACCUUUUUUUUUUCCUGUCAUUUAUUUUUCUUUUAACCCUCUCAGGCUCAAAAUAAGUUUUGGUAACAGGACGAACAACUAAGUCCUUGAGGGGUACUACUGAGUUAAAAAAUGCUCAUGAAAUACAUAUGUGGAGUAACCAGGUAGGUAGUUUUUAAUGUUGCAAAUCUGCAACGCCUGCCUCCAGAGGGUUAAGCUAUGUCAGUAACUUGUGUUCACUCUUUAAGUGGUUAAACACUUCUCAACUAAUCUCCCAAAUCUCAUCCUGUGACCCUGCUCCUUUUUGUGAAUAUAAUCUUGGGCAUGCUAGCAGUCUGUCUUUUUCCCACGCAUCUUUAAUCUGCUGUAUCCCCCCCCCCCCCCCCCCCCUUUCCCUGUUGGUUUAGGAUUAUUUAUCAAAAAACAUCAAAAUCUGAGCUCAUUAAGCUGAUUUAUCUGAGACAAUCUGAGAAAUAUAGAAGAAUGUAUAGGCAAGGGGACGUUUUGAUGCACAAGUAUUGUCAGUCGGGCGUUGAUUAUGCUAAAGCUGGAGUUUGCUUCAUCUCUCAGAGACCUCUGUAAUCCCUGCAGAUCUGCAGCAGUUUCUGUCAUCAAUCUGCCGCCUGACCUAGAUUAGAAAAGCCAAGCAUGUGAACGUUCCCGUAACAGGAAUAAAACUUUCCCGUGUGUCAAUACAUGAACAUAAACUAGGCUUUGUUUAUCUAAUGCUAAAGCAUUUUAACUGUCAGCUCUAUUGUUUUUUAGUGCAUGUUACAUAGAAAACCAAAGGCCUUAAACAUGUUAACAAAAAGAGAAUCAGUGUGCACAACUCAGAGGUGAAAAAGGCGAUAGAUGGGAGCACGGUUCUGAAGAAUCUAAAAAAAAUCCUGGAUAAUCACAACUUUUGUGGUGUCUCUUGGUUAUUUCGUUUAGGCAGAAUCGACGUAUUUCAGCUACACGCCGUCUUCAGCUUGUUACAGAUACAAGCACAAUUCAACACUCAUGUAGAGGUCAGAAAACAUUUGUGCCAAUCAGCACAAAAAGAACACCUGUGUACAUCUGUCUAAUCAGCGACAAACACAUAAGCACAGAAAACAGUCCCAUGAAUACAAAUAUAAAUAUAAAUGCUAAACCAAGAGUCAUCAUGCAAUUCAAACAGCUCAGCAUUCAAACCCUCUGGGUUUAGAGUGUGGGUCCAAAAUGCUUCUCUGUGCAGCAGAAGAGUGUCUUUGUCACGUCUUCUUCUAGGACUGGUCACCAUUGAAACAGACAAGGAACAAAAGUCAUGGCCAGCUGUAAUGGAGUGUCUUAUCUUGUAGCUUUAUCAAGAUGAGUCAUAGGCACACUCGAAUAAAUAUGUUAUAUUAGUAGUACAGCAAGUGUUCUGUCUAACAUGGAAAGUUUCCUGUAAGAGCCAAUUAGUUGCUAAUUCAUUUAGGAUAUAUUAGUGAAUAAGUAAAAAAAAUGCAUAUGUGUGAUGCUUUAAAAAUAUAAUUUCAUAAAAUAUACAGAAACACUUCAGUUAAAUCAUAGAAUGUAGAAAUGUUAGAUUCAGAAACAUUUUCUUUGUAUCCCAUAAUUCCUUGUAUAGAAGGUUUAUUUAUUUAUUUCUAUUUAUUCAUUUAUUUAUUUUUGUGUUAGAUGGGAGUUGGAGUGUUAGCAGGCAACACAGUUUUUUUUACUUAAAAUGUGGUGGCAGUCUGGUUCUUUAUCUUCUUUAAGUCACCGUUGGAAGUUGGUCGAGUUGCACCUUGAUUUGAUUUUUAAUUAAACCCUCCUUUUAUAAAGAAGAUCAUCUGGUAUUAUUUGCAUGAUCACAAAUCUAUGUUGCUCGACCAACUUCCAACGGUGACUUAAAGAAGAAAAAGAACCGGAUUGCCACCUCAUUUCCUUUUGGCCAUGAAAUGUGUUCCUUGGCCUUUUAAGGCAUAUAAAUGGUGACUGGUCCUAGAAGAGGACGUGACAGAGACACACUUUAGCAUUUUGGAUCCACACUUAUUGAGGAGCUGGUGUUGAGCUGCUUUCUCUGAUGAUCUUAAGACCCUUUGUAGAUUUGUAUUUAUAUUUGUACACAUUUGAAGUGUUUUGUGUAUUUAGUAUUUGAGCGUCAUUGAUUAGACUCAAUACUGCCUUUAAUGUGAUAAAAAUAUAAAUGCUGGCUACCCUCCAAAGUUAGGAUAUUCAUUCUGAUUGGUUUAGCUUUUCUUUUUUUUGUAUAACUGAUAAAACUCUAAUCAACAAGCUCAUGAAUUAUCAAACCAAAAGAAAAAUCCAAACCCAAAGUGUACAGAAGGAGGCGUUUUGGCAUUGCUUCUGAAAGGGUUUAAGAGAAUGUUCCACAACUUUGCACAGUUUGCAAACUGCUGUGCAGUAAUUUGUUUCAUGGUUAUGCUUUAAGUGUCUGGGCUAGUGGCAUACAUUUAUACUGUGGUGCUUUUUUAAGCUGAGCAUUUUCACAACUCUUUCUGUCUUUCUUUGUGUCAGGAAGCACAGAUGUCAGUGAUCGGACCUUUUCUUACUUCUAAACUGCGUUGCACUCUGUGUUUGUACAUCGAAAUCUCAUAUCCCACGUUAUCAUGUAUGUUUGUGUAAAAUGCAAAAGACAAAAAAUAAAUAAAUGUUUUGAAGCAA